CGAGAAGAUCGACUCUAGUUAUGGCAGACUAUAUGCCAGGACUAUCCGUCAUUUUUAUCAUUGCUGGAUUUAUUAUAGUCGUCACUAUAUGCUUACGUUAUGUUCGUCGGCAAAGUAAAAGUAGGGUUUUACUUUUGCUUUUCUCUAUUACUGCGCAAUAGUACGAUAAUACGCCACUAACUAGUCAUUAAUGCUUCCUUAUUGUGUAUGGUACUCUCUCUCUCUUUAUGCGACUGUAUAUGCCCAAUAACGAACAAUGGCUUCUAACAAAAACACGUGCUGUAACAACAAAACAGAAAUGAUGACCGAGGAUAAUGAACGACGGCAAGUACGCGACCUUCUCCGCUCUACUCGUCGAGAUCCAGAAGCUGGUUCAUCACCACCGUCUUAUCAUGAGGCAAGCAGUGUCAUCAGUAUGCCGCCACCGGCAUACACAGACCACCGUUGUGACCCUCAACCGACGCAGCUCAUGUGACGCUACUGUAUAUACAAAGACGAUGUAGUAUUUCAAAUCUGGUAUACUCAUAUGCAUGCUGAAAGAGUG